GACAAAAAGGAGCUAUCUUUUUCCCAUGCUUUCCGUUGGUCAACAACCAACAUUUUAGUUCUCGUUUAGUUCUCAACAAGUCUCUCUCUUUUUUUGGGGGAAGCGGAAUUACAAGGAUGAAAUGAAAAGAUGAAGAAAGAGUACCUUGUUCUAUAUGGACGUCCAACGUCCAGUGAUAUAGACUUUAUGGAAACAGAUCCUCUUUCUUUUACUACGACAAGUAGCGCCGCUAGCAUUUCUUCCACUAUGUCGGACGCGGAAAGCGCUCCCCCCGAGUGGGGGAAAGUAUUUGAUAGAAUCUGCGAUGAAUACGCAGAGUGUGUGCUGAAAGCCGGUAAGCAAUUACCUCCCGAAUGGACGAUGCCGGACCUUGUUCGGACAGUGGUUGGAGAGGAACCGACUAGCAUGCCAGGCUUUCUCACACAUUCAUAUUAUGAUCUCAUGUUGCAUGGGUCAAAUAGUUGGUUAUGCCAGGAACUUUUCGAAUUUCUUGAUCUAAUCAACUAUGUCUUCUAGUUCCGGUUGUUAGUCAAGUUCUUUUUCCCAUGCUUUACUUUGGUUAACAACCAAGAAAAGCUCUCUAUACUUCAAAACGACUCCUACAGGCUUGACGGAGUUAAGCUGUCUGGUGAAAUUAGGUCUCUCUUUUUUUUGGGGGGAGCGGAGCAGUCAAAGAAAAGAAUGAACCAAAGAAAAUGAUUGUUCUAGAAUGGCUAUUCCUCACAAUUGCUCCUUGUGAUGCAGCGGAACCAUGGCAAUUAGGAUCUCAAGACGCAGCAACACCUAUGAUGCAAGGAAUAAUAGACUUACAUCACGAUAUCUUUUUCUUCCUCAUUCUGAUUUUGGUUUUCGUAUCAUGGAUCUUGGUUCGCACUUUAUGGCAUUUCCACUAUAAAAAAAAUCCAAUCCCGCAAAGGAUUGUUCAUGGAACUACUAUCGAGAUUCUUUGGACCAUAUUUCCUAGUAUCAUCCCGAUGUUCAUUGCUAUACCAUCAUUUGCUCUGUUAUACUCAAUGGACGAGGUAGUAGUAGAUCCGGCCAUUACUAUCAAAGCUAUUGGACAUCAAUGGUAUUGGACUUAUGAGUAUUCGGACUAUAACAGUUCCGAUGAACAGUCACUCACUUUUGACAGUUAUAUGAUUCCAGAAGAUGAUCUAGAAUUGGGUCAAUUACGUUUAUUAGAAGUGGACAAUAGAGUGGUUGUACCAGCCAAAACUCAUUUACGUAUUAUUGUAACAUCUGCUGAUGUACUUCAUAGUUGGGCUGUACCUUCCUUAGGUGUCAAAUGUGAUGCUGUACCUGGUCGUUUAAAUCAGACCUCUAUUUUGGUACAACGAGAAGGAGUUUACUAUGGUCAAUGCAGUGAGAUUUGUGGAACUAAUCAUGCCUUUAUGCCUAUCGUCGUAGAAGCUGUUGAUAGGAAAGAUUAUGCAAAUCGGGUAGAAAAUCUAUUCAUCACAAAAACCGGGGGGGUUUCUUGGCUCCAGCACUUCAUUACAAUAGCCUAUUGUGACGGACGCAAUUGGACACCUCCGGUAACACCCCCUUCAUUAGCAGGACAAGAACCGGUAACCCCACCCGAUUCACCGCUAAUGGAGUCUUCCUCGAGUUCGGAAUCCUUGAAUACCUUUAGAAAUUUGAUCACGGCGAAUCAUGAAGCGGAUCUUUUUCGACGCAUCGCUUUUCUGGAAAACCAGCAUUUGUUUGGGCUGCCUGUACAGACCCGCCCCGGCGAGUAUGCGGAAAUAGUGCUAGGACGUUUCAAUGGGGCAGUAAAUGUCCAGCACUACCAAUGGCUUUUGGAUUACUUCAAUUUCCAUCUUCAAGUAGAUGAACGAAAGGGUCUUUUACAAGACCGACUUCAUACUCUACUACUUGAAGAGCCGAAUCUGGCUCAGAUUCUACGGGUGUCCCCGUACACUGACAUCCGAAGGGGGGCCUUUGAUUUUCUGGAAAAUUCCACAGAAUCUCUGAAUGCCCUUCGGCAUGCUUUUCAGCGGGAUCUGAUGGAUGGCCUUUUGAAUUCCUAUAUGGACGACCUUAACAGAAGGGGUAGGAAUGCAGACGUUUACCAGGGGUUCUAUCGAUAUUUUAUCAAUGAGGACUUCCGGCGCUUCCAUAAUCUGCCCUUACCAUAAGCACGCACGCCGGGGAAGAAAGAGUCUGAGGUUGGGUCGGACGUAAAUGGAGGCACCGUUUGUUACUAUUGGACAAAUUUCUCCUUUUGUUUUCUUCUUGUUCUUUGCCAUAACGCCCAUUCUGGGACGAGUUGGAAUAGGAAUUCCUAAUUCUUACACGGAUGAGACUGAUCAGUGAAAAAUUCUGACACCAAUCAUUUACAAGCGCAUGAGUUUUCUAGUUGGCUAUGUUGAUAUAGGCUUAGAUAGGAAUAAGAUAGUCUACUAUAUAUAGGGUGAGAAUGAAGAAGAAAAGAGACCGGAACGACACG